UCGUUGAUUGUUUUCCAGCAGGUUUUGCUUUCGCAAUGAACGCAACUUUGAUAAAUCAUGUAUGUUGAUAAAGUACUUUUAACAAUUGUCCUUUGCGCGACAAGCGCAUGGUGCAGCGACCGAACGUUGACGCGAAAUGCCAGGACAUUUGAUACAUCAUUAUUCUUCACGUGGCCACAAACAUUAUUCAGCAAUCGGCCCGAUAUUUCAAUUAUCCCAAAAUUCUGGCCCAAUCGAUUGCAGAUCCAGGAAUGGACCAAAAACGGUAUCAUAAGUCUAUUACGUCUUGUGUCCUUCAUAAAUAUGGAACAUGAGCCUAUGCAUAUCGAAUUCAAACCAGAAGAUGGACCACGCGCUGCAAAAACCUAUCAACAACGCUUCGGAUAUCGCGGAGAGUAUCUUAUUCAACACUUAGGGAACGGUCUUGGUCCUAACAUUCGAUUGAAUAGGCAACCUGUAUUUAGUACGUUCUCGAUGUCACCUCCAAUUCCUUUUAAACGUAGUAAUAAUUUAAAGUGCAAUAGCGUAAGCGAUAUUUGAUGCAAUCGGUAGAAUUAUAAACUAUUAUAGCUAAGUUAGUAAUAGGAUAGAGAGUUAGAAAUCUAAAAUAAAAAUAAUCAUCAAGUACAAAUCAA